GGAUGGAGGUGGGGGACUCAGGGCCCAAGGGGGACCCCUGUCCCUUGGCUGAGCUUCACCCUCCCCUCCCCAGGCCGCAAUGAGCCCCUGAAGAAGGAGCGUCCCAAGUGGAAGAGUGACUACCCCAUGACGGAUGGGCAACUGCGUAGCAAACGCGAUGAGUUUUGGGACACAGCACCUGCCUUUGAGGGCCGCAAGGAGAUCUGGGAUGCCCUGAAGGCAGCUGCCUAUGCUGUGGAGGCCAAUGACCACAGCCUGGCCCAGGCCAUCCUAGAUGGAGCCAGCAUCACCCUGCCCCACGGGUCCCUGACGGAGUGCUACGAUGAACUGGGCAACCGGUACCAGCUGCCUGUCUACUGCCUGGCACCUCCUGUCAACCUCAUCCUGGAGAGGAGUGAGGAGGAGGCAGCAGAGCCGGCCGAGCCUCUGCCCAACGCCCGGCGGGAGUUUGCCCUCAAAGUGCGACUUUCCACCGGCAAGGACCUGCGGCUCAACGCCAGCAUGGGUGACACCAUCGGGCAGCUGAAGAAGCAGCUGCAGGCGCAGGAGGGCAUCGACCUGGCUUGGCAGCGCUGGUUUUUCUCAGGCAAGCUGCUCACAGACCGCACACGGCUGCAGGAGACCAAGAUCCAGAAGGAUUUUGUCGUGCAAGUAAUUGUCAAUCAGCCUCUGCCACCCAGGAACUGAGCCCCCACCCCGCACUGGUUGCGGGUAGGGGGCUGGGGGGCAGUGGCACCUCUGGGGAUGCACCAAGCCCUGCCAGAGUGGGGGCAGCUCCUCCCCCUCAGGGUGC